AUGGAGGUAUUCACAUGGUCAGCAUAUGAUACUCCAGGGUUAAACCCAGAAAUUGCUUGUUACAAACUCAACAUCAACCCCUUCGCUCGACCUGUCGUGCAGAAAAGUCGGAGAUCCUCAAUUGAGCACAUUGAAGCGGUAAUUGCAGAAGUCGAAAAGCUCCUAGCAUCAGGAGCGAUUAGAGAAGUUUAUUUUCCUCCACCUCGCGUCGAUCAGCUAGUGGAUUCAACAGCAGGGCAUGAGCAUAUGAGCUUUCUAGAUGCUUACAGUGGUUAUCAAAAGAUACCACUGUUCGGUCCAGAUCAGGAGAAGACAUCGUUUAUCACUCUAAGGGGCACUUAUUGCUACAAAGUAAUGUCAUUCAGCCUCAAGAACGUCAGGGCAACCUACCAGCGAAUGAUCACUCGAAUGUUCAAGGACCAACUUGGAAAAAUCAUGGAAGCUUAUAUAGAUGACAUGGUAGUAAAAAGCAAGCUCGCUAUAAACCACCUUGCUGACUUAAGAGAAGUUUUUGACAUCCUGAAAAACCAUCAGCUUCGUCUUAAUGCCUCGAAAUGCGCUGUCGGGGUAGGAACAGGGAAGUUCUUGGGGUAUAUGGCCACUCACAGAGGAAUCGAGGCAAAUCCGGAUCAAAUCAAAGUAAUACAAGAGCUUAAAGUACCAACAAAGGCUAAAGAGCUACAGAAGUUGGCCGGAAUGGCGACCGCCCUAAAUCGGUUCAUCAGGGUAGUACUUAUGUCACCAAAAGAGUUUAUUUGGGAGCAAGCUCUUAGGCUCGGCUGGAAGGCUUCUAACAAUGAGGCGAAAUAUGAAGCACUGUUGGCUGGUUUACGCAGUGCUGAACACUUCAGUGCAGAGCAACUUCUUAUUUUCAGUGAUUCACAAUUGGUGGUAAACCAACUUUCUGGGGUCUAUGAAGCACGAGACAAAAGAAUGGUUAUGUCACUGGUGCACCGAGCCCUCACUUAUGGGUACUGGUGGCCACGGAUGCAACAAGAUGCACAGCAGUACGUUCGGAGGUGCGAUAAAUGUCAGAGGUUUGUCCCACUAAUUCAUCAGCCAGCCAAAACUCUCACUUCACUCACCAACUCAUGGCCCUUUGUCCAAUGGGGUCUGGAUAUUGUCGGACCGUUGGCACGAGGCACUGGGAACAGGCAAUUCUUCAUCGCUACAAUCGACUAUUUCACUAAGUGGGUUAAAGUGGAAGCACUGGCAAGUAUCAAAGAAGGAGACACAAAGCGGUUUGUCAUGAGGAACGUCGUGGUUCGUUUCGGCAUCUCGCGAGUACUGAUUGCAGAUAAUGGAACACAGUUUGAUGAAAAGAUCUUGAGAAAGUUUUGCGCCGACCUCAGAAUCGAAUAUCGAAACUCUUCUCCAGGCUACCCACAAAGUAAUGGGCAGGCAGAAGCGUCGAACAAAACCAUCAUCAACGGAGUAAAAAAGCGGCUCAAACAUGCAAAAGGAAAAUAG